AUGGUUUAUAAGUUAUGGAAUCUACGACUGACUCGUUUGGAUUUGUCCAGAGCUUUUUCAAAAAAAGUAACUGUCGACGAAAAGCAGUUAAUGCUACGUAAUAUGUUCACUUCAACAAAUAAUCAUUUCUUCAGCCUUAAAGACCUAUUUCUUAACGACAACGAUCUCAACGUAUUAGCUGUAGAUGCUUUUUGUCGGAUAGAAGGACUUGCUCAGUUGCACUUAGCUGGUAAUAAUUUAAAAGACUUUACAUUUGAUGAUAACUGUCUGUUGUCGUUACGUAUGUUGGAUUUAUCAAACAACAAAAUUGCCUCACCUUCUGUACGUAUUUUGACCGGUAUACCGAGUCUACAGGCUUUGGAUAUUUCCGGAAAUCCGUUACAUUGUGACUGUGAAAUUGCAACAUUUAUUGCCAAAAUGGUUCCACAAAGAGCACUAAAUCAGGGUCGAACAAUAUGCGUAUCGCCGGCAUCGUUGAAGGGUACAGAUGUGUUUGAUGUAACCGUAUUUCCGUGUACAAAAACAAUAACUUCAACACAUCGUAAAUUUGCACUAUCUUUUCUGGUUGCUGCACUGUUGCUGCUAAUUUUUGCUGCACUGAAACAUUAUCGGGAUCGAUUACGAGAAAUCAGAUUCCCAUUAGUAGCCGGUUACAGUAAAUUGGUUCGAUAA